CAUAUCUCUUUUUGCAUUCGCUUUCCAUCUUUCUUGUUCCUAACCACAUAAAUUGAGUCUGAUUGUUACCCACCGACAAAGAGGAAUUGAAUCUCAAUUUUAACACCCAAAACCGAAACCAAAUUCAAUUCCCAAAUUUGUAUCCAAGAAUUUGAUCCACAACAUGUGUCUGUCUCAGAUUUUGAAUCUUUGAUCGAUGUGGGUCGCAUUCUAAAAACCACACUUUGAAACUUCGACCUUGACAGCAAACCAAGGACGCAAAUUUGUCGAUGAAUGAGUGUUACUAUUGACGUGGGCCCUCAUCAUCUUCGUAUCGGUGCUGGUGCAAUCCGUACAUGGCGGCUCCGAGAAAUCUGGCGGGGGACGCGGGGAGGCUGCCGAGGGACGAGGAGAAUGCCAAGGAGGACGAUUGGUCAACCGGCAAGAAGCUCAAGUCCGAAAGGUUUCCGCUUUCGCGGUGGGAGCUCGCGGCGGCUCUCGCCGUUGUCUUGGUCUUCUCUACCGGCCUCUCCUGUGUCUACUUGACCAUGCCCGCCGCCGAGUACGGUAAACUCAAGCUGCCCCGCACCAUUGUCGAUCUUCGCCUUCUCAAAGACAAUCUGGCAACAUAUGCCAAUGAUUAUCCAGCACAAUUUAUUCUGGGUUACUGCUCUACUUACAUCUUCAUGCAGACUUUUAUGAUUCCUGGGACAAUUUUUAUGUCAUUGCUAGCUGGAGCUCUUUUUGGUGUAAUCAGGGGCCUUAUCUUGGUUGUCUGCAACGCAACAGCUGGAGCGUCAUCCUGCUUCUUUUUGUCUAAGUUAAUUGGAAGGCCUUUUGUUAGUUGGUUUUGGCCAGAAAAGUUGAGAUUUUUUCAGGCAGAGAUUGCAAAGCGUAGGGAAAAGCUGCUAAAUUACAUGCUUUUUCUUAGGAUAACUCCAACCUUGCCGAACCUAUUCAUCAACUUGGCAUCUCCAAUUGUUGAUAUACCGUUUCAUAUUUUCUUUCUGGCGACUUUUAUUGGACUUAUUCCAGCAUCUUAUAUCACAGUCAGAGCUGGCCUUGCUCUGGGAGAUCUCAAUUCAGUCAAGGAUCUCUAUGACUUUAAAACUUUGUUUGUGCUAUUCCUCAUUGGCUCUUUGAUUAUAUUUCCAACCGUUUUGAAGAGGAAGCGAAUCUACGAAUGAAAGUUCUGGUGGUGAGGAACCCCCAUUCCAUGCUUCUGUCAAAAAGGGGGGCGUAUGUAGUCUCAACGCUAAGUAGUGCAAAUGUUACAAAGUUUUCCAGUACCAAAGGGGAGUGUCUGUUUAUCAAUAUAGGCUCCUCAAAGCAUUCUUUACUAGGUAAUGCAUUAUUACGGAGUUCAAAUGAAGUUCCGGAAGCUGCUGUGCAAUAUUAUUUAUGAAUUUAUCAUUGCUUUGGGCUCAUGUAACAUUGAUAGUCCUUGUAAAAUAACAAAGUAUUCAGAAAGUUGUGGAGCUAUAUUGUUUUUCCGAUGGCGGUUGCCCUUUCGUUUUUGUUACUUGGCUACAUGGUUAACCGGUUCAGGGCCAGCGGAAGUUUGAUAAAGUGUUUUGAGUUUUAAGUUGUAACUGAUUGCAAUGAGGUUUGAAAUGGGAUUGGAGAAAUUUUUGUA